AUGGCUGCUUUUGUCUUGGCAGUUGUAGUGGAUGGACAUCGGCGGGGACAAGAAGCAUGUAUUCAAGCAAAUUUGUUAAAUGUGUGCUUGAAGCAUUUACAAAUUGCUAAUCCAAGUGAUGGGAAAACUGAACCUUUACUUCUCCAUGGCUUUGUUUAUGUUAGAGCUUCUGCUAUUUUUGCUUUGGGGACUCUUAUUGAUGUUGCAUCUAUCACAUUUGAUGAUGGACAUAGAGUUGAUGAGGACUUUGAGGAUAAUGAAAAGUUAAAGUCUGAGUUGAAUAUCAUUAAAAAUCUUCUACAACUUGCUGUGGAUGGAAGUCCUUUGGUGAGGGCUGAGGUUGCUGUAGCUCUUGCUCGCUUUUCCUUUGCUCACAACAAACCUCUUAAGUUAAUUGCUGUUGAAAAUUGGAAGCAUCUAAGCUCUUUGCCAUCUCUGGCCAGCAUAAAUCAUCCUAAUAGCUUAUCACCCAGUCAAUUUAUGCAAUCAGGAAGAACCAUCGCACAUAUUGGUCCUAUAUUAAGAGGUAACCGUGAGAAUAAUACAACUGGUAGAGAAGGAAGGAUAUCCAGAAGUAGUCCUAUUGCAUCGGUUUGCAUAAUGCAUGGCUCUCCACUGUCUGAUGAUUCUUCUCAUCAUUCUGAUUCUGGGAUACUGGCCAAAGAAAUUGAUAGUAAUGGGGUCCUUAAUUGCUCUAGAGCAAGACCUUUAGAUAAUGCUUUAUGUUCUCAGUUUACUAUGGCUUUGUGUAACAUUGGUAAGGAUCCUUCUCCUCGUGUUGCAGUGAUAUCGCUGGUGUUGGCUCCUGAAGGCAAAGGCUAACUUCUAUUUAGGAAGACUAGAUCAAGCAUUUGAAUUGCUCAAGAAGCUUGAAGAAGGUAAAAGUAUAGUGGACAAGUACUGUUAAAUUUCAUUAUAUUUUUUAAAAAUUUUAUAAGAUAAUGUUUUUCUCUUCAAAUAUGUUCUUACAAGUUAUGACUUUUAUUAAUCCAGUUUGUAAUAGUAGAAUUUAACAUGAUUAUGUAAUAGUUAGUUUGUUAGAGAUUUCGUAUCAGACAUUGUUUUGGUAUAAUGAAAAAUUAUAUUUUUUAUUAA